AUGCGGCGGGCACUGCUCACCCUCCUGCUGCUGCUCGCCCGCCCGCCGCCCGCCGCCGCCCGUCCCGCCACCACCGACGGCUCCGUCCCGGCGGCCGGGACCGGGGCUCAGGACCACCCGCUCUGGCCGCCGCUGGCGCCGCCGCCCCCGGGGCCGUGGCGAGGGCGGCGGGACGAGCCGCCGCUGUCCAUCGACCUCACCUUCCACCUCCUGCGGCACCUCUUGCUGCUCGCCCGCGCCCAGAGCCAGCGCGCCCGCGCCGAUUCCAACCGCCGCAUCCUCGACGCCGUGGGACGCUGA